AUGGCUGCACAAAUUGGCGCGACUACUUUCGCUCCACCGACAGGGAACGCUCGCGGUCAACAUCGGAAAUGGCCGAUCCCCGAAGAAUAUCAUUAUGAUACAUGGAUUGCCGAGCGGACCAACGCACUUAUGGAAAGUUAUCAGCAGAACGGCGAGAACUUUUUCCUCUGGGCGAGCUUCUUCGAUCCACAUCCAAAAUAUCUUGUUCCAGAGCCGUGGGACACGAUGUACGACCCAGAUGCGUUGACGGUGCCUUCUGUAACCGAGGGAGAACAUGAUAACAACCCACCGCAUUUUCAGCUAACGCAACAGCAAAAGCCCGAUUUCUCUGCUUGGCGCGAAAGUGGAAAGGGUGUACACGGCUUCAACUCGCAUUUACGCGAUCGAGAUGAACUCGCCAAAGACAUCGCUGUCUAUUACGGGAUGGUGAGUCUGAUGGACAAGUAUAUCGGGAAAAUCUUGGCGAAACUUGACGAAUUAGGGCUCGCAGAGAACACAUUGGUUGUCUUCACGUCCGACCACGGGCAUUUUUACGGACAACACGGUCUCGUUGCAAAAGGGGCAUUCCACUACGAAGAUGUCAUCCGAGUGCCGUUUAUCGUUCGGCAUCCGGGAGUUGUGCCUGCAGGGAAACAAUCGGAGGCGUUGCAGACGCUGGUAGAUUUAGCCCCGUCGUUCCUCAGUGCUACUGGUAUCGAUACUCCGCGCUCGAUGACAGGUGUAAAUCAGAUGCCCGUCUGGUCGGGACAAGCAGAACAGGCACGUGACCAUAUUAUCGUUGAAAACCACCAUGAACCGACAACGUAUGGUGAAUUGUUUGAUCUGAAAGAAGAUCCAGGAGAGGUCAAUAAUCUGUGGAAUUCCGCUGAACACGCGGCGUUGAAGGCAGAUUUGGUUAUGAAGUUGCUGUUCGCGGAGAUGGGAAAGGAACCGUUGUGGAUGCCGCGGACUUCGGGAGCAUAA